AUGGUGAGUGUAUUCAUUAUGAGGCGCACCGACCUCCCCGCCCGUGACCUCCGCAUAUUGGACCCUCUCCUCUCCUACCCUUCCACCCUUCUUGGCCGUGAGAGGGCCAUCGUCAUCAACUUGGAGCGCAUCAAGGCCAUCAUCACCGCCCACGAGGUCCUCCUCCUCAACUCACGUGACCCCUCCGUCACCCCCUUCGUCCAAGAGCUCCAGGCCAGGAUCCUCCGCCACCACCAGGCCUUCUCUUCCAAACAUCACGACCACCACACCGACUCCGACCCCGACCACGACCACGUCCCCGAUGCCAUCAAGAUUCUCCCUUUCGAAUUCGUGGCCCUGGAGGCCUGCCUUGAAGCCGCCUGUAGCGUAUUGGAGAACGAGGUCCGUGCUUCCCUCUUCUCUUCUUUUCAUUUCUUGCCGACAAUUUCCCUCUGUCUUUACCCUAAAUCUCUCUCUGAUGACUCACAGGCAAAGACGUUGGAGCAGGAGGCUCAUCCCGCCUUGGACAAGCUCACAUCCAAGAUCAGUACUCUCAAUUUGGAACGCGUUCGUCAAAUUAAGAGCCGAUUGGUCGCCAUCACUGGCCGUGUUCAGAAGGUGAGGGAUGAAUUGGAGCACUUGCUGGACGACGACGAUGAUAUGGCUGAGAUGUAUCUGACGGAUAAAAUUGUGGUCUCAGAGUGUGGUGAACUUUCAUUAGCUGAUGUGCUUAGUGAGAGAUUGCAAGUGGUUGUAGAAGCAAUUGAUCAGUCGUGCCAAGAUCG